UGCUGCUGCAGUGAAGGAAAUGUGUGGAUUUCAAUAGAAGCGACCGGAGACACCGCACAGGGGAAGCCGGGGUGCUGGUGGGGGAGGAGGGUGACAGCCGAGAGACGCGCAGACCGACACAUCCUGACUGAGCGACCUGACCGAGGGAUGAGCGGGAUCCGCCUGGACAGAGAUCCAUCAGAAGGUCCAGUGCAUAGAAUUAAGAAAUCUGAAUGAAACCCACGAGAGAAACGAUGGUAGCCUUAGAAACGCCGAGGGAGCCAGCCCCUCUCACGGCCCUCUCACGCUGGUACCUCUACGCCAUCCAUGGCUAUUUCUGUGAAGUGAUGUUCACGGCUGCCUGGGAGUUUGUAGUAAACUGCAACUGGAAGUUCCCCGGCGUGACCAGCGUUUGGGCCUUCUUCAUCUACGGCACCUGUAUCCUCAUUGUAGAGUGGAUGUACUUGAAGUUGCGCAACCGCUGCCCUGUACUGCUGCGCUGCAUCAUUUACACAUUAUGGACCUACCUGUGGGAGUUUGGGACUGGGCUGCUUCUGCGGCAGUUUAACGCCUGCCCCUGGGACUACUCCGAUUUCCACUACAACUUCAUGGGGUUGAUUACGGCAGAGUAUGCCGUGCCGUGGUUCUGCGCCUCCUUCAUGGUGGAGCGUUUUGUCAUCUGCAAAACCCUGCGGCUACGCUUUCAUGAAGGGCCGGAGGACGGCUGGUCGACCCCUCAGCAUGACUCCGGAGGUGGACGAGAUGUCGGAGAAUCCUUGGAGGGCAACAGGCAAAGAGAACAAAGGAGGGGAAGUGGCUUUAGUACAAAUGGCUACCUUAAAGUUGAUUGAGCCAUGGUGCAGGGGACCUAGACCUGUCACUGAUACUUUUUCAUAUGCAAUUCCCACCCUUUAUUACAUGGGACACAGAGAGACAGCUCUAAAGAAUGGGUUAGUGAGCUUAUAGGAAGCUAGAAAAUAAAGAUCUAAGUAGGGCUUCUAAUUCCAGACCAUCAGUUCUGUUCUCAUUACAUCCACCCAUUUCACCGGGGCUCCCUACCAAGGCUAGGUUCUUGAAUGAUCUGGAUGACACAUUAAAUCUCCUUGUUAUAGUUUGGAUUUUGUAUUUAAAAAAGCACUUAUGCAGAGAUCAGUCUUAUUAUUCCAAGAAAAGAAUAAUAAAAAACCAAAACAGUAUUUCUGCUUUUCAAGUAUGCAUCAAUCUAUGAAGCAGCAACUGCUUUGCUCCAUAGACAUUUUAAAUUUAAGUAAUGCACUCAUGGAGUAUCAUCUCAUAAUGUGACGCUGGCAUUUCUUAAAAUUUAAAGGAACGUUCCAAUGUGUAAUAUUAAAGACAAUCUUUGGAGUAAAUAUGCAAUAUGAUAUCCAUAGAUGUAGUCAUCAAUACUGAAGGAUGUUUGUUCUAUUUUGUCACCAUCGUACUGUAAUAAGUAGUUUAUUAUAGGUAUGCACAAUUAGAAAAUGUAUUGUUUGAAUUAAUCAAGAAUUAGGAAAUGCAAUUGCUGCUGCAAGCUUUCCCAAACUUUCUUUUUAGUACACCAAAGAGCAGGGCCUCUACAUGCCUCCAACUGAGCAAUCUUCACAUACAUGCAGAUGCAUAUUCUACUCAGUAGGGUUACUAAGUUACCGAUUUACUAAUUAUUUAUUUACAAAUUCUUAGCAAAACACGUGUUUCUUUAAAAAAAAAAUUAUUUUAACUCCUUAAAUCCAUUGGUCUACAGACUAUCAGGAUAUCCGCAGCACGUUAGAGCCUCUUAUUUGUUCCCUUGUAGUACUAAUGACUCCAAUAGAUACAGAUAAAUCCAGAUAUUUAGAUAUGCUUUAUAAAUAGAUACAGUUUUUCUUUUAAUUGUCUGGUAUUAAAUUUAGAUUAAGGUUUUCUUUUAGAUGUUUUUAAAUGGCCAAUCCAAAACAUAAACAUUGUUAACCUUCUUUAUAGCUAAUUUGAUGUUCAGUAACCAAACAAAUCUGUUUGUCCCCAUCGUUAAACUUCCUGGAUGACUUCUUGACUGUAGUUGGGAUUUUUUUUCUCAAACUUUCCAUCUCUCCUUUUUCCUUAAAAUAAUGUAUUUGACUAGAGACAACGUUUCUAUUAAGUUGUUCUGUAUUUAUCCAAUGAGAACAAUUUCAAAAAGUUGAAGCAAGAAUGUUUAGUCUGACUUAACAUCAGAUGGUAAGAGUUUGUCUGGUACCAGAAGUGAUACAAGCAGUUCUGGUAUCACAUCGGGUUGCAUUUGGUUCAAAGCUUCAGUUUUGUAUUGGUAUAAUUUUAUAAAGUUAUUGCAGGGGUCUCCCUACAUCCAAUCCUUGAAAUAUACUGUCCAAAAGUUUAUGGAUGCAUCCGUGCUUCAACAAACCUCAACAAAACGAUUGGCUCAUUAGCAGGACUUCUCAGGACUGGAUGGCAUGCAGAGGAAAUAACCAAUCAUUAGAUUCAGCUGUGAUUCAGGAAUAAAGGCUGCAAGGCAAUAGAGGAUUAGGAUCUUACUCUAUUUAUAAGGAACAUACCUGAAUUUCCUGAUUUAUUUAUCCCUAUUUGGGUCAGUUGACCAAUAAAAGAGUAAAGCUCAUGAGUCACCAAAUUGUUCCAUUCCUGUCUUACAGGUCAUAUGUUGAUUUUUCUCUGAGUUCGUCUGUUACCACAUGAAAAAACAUCCCGUUGGUUAAAAAGUAAAAGCUGAAUAUCUCGUUGAAUAAGAAAUACUAUAAAUAAUGUUGACGUGUAAGAAACUGCUGACUCAUGUCUUAGUAGCCUAAAUGGGGAUCAGAACCAAAUACGUAUGAAAUCACAGGUAAAAGGAAUUUUUUGGAAAACUUUUCAAAAUAUGAUUAAAUCCUACAAAAGAUUAAAAUAUUUCUAAUCACUCCUUGUCUAUAUUAAUACACAAAAGCAAUUAGCUGUGAAAAAAGAUAAAAGUAUGCGGUUCUGGCAUUAGUUCUAAGGUGAUGCGUAUGAAAUGGUUUUCUUGCAUUAUAAAGUGGAUGUAGGAGCAGGGAAAAUUGACAUGUAGCCUUCAGUUUACUGUUAACAAUGUAUGUUUGUCUUUUGUUUUACAUUGCACCAAACUAGCACACUUAAUGUAAACAUUAGUAUGUUGUGCAACAGAAAAAAUUGUCCCUGUGAAACAGGGUGGUUGCUCCAUAGCAAGGAAGCAAUAAAGCAGACAUCCAAGGAUGCACACGAACACACUUUGGUGAAUGUUUAUUUGGCUGCAUUUUUAUCCUCAGGCUGCCAUUAAAUUCUGCAAAGACCUUUAAGAAUGUAUCCAUCUGCAAGAAGCAGACUUUCACCAUGGAAAAUACUACACAUGGUUAUUUGAAGUAAAUAAAAAAAAAUGCAUGGAAAGACUUUAAGUCCCUUUACUAAGAGUUUAAUCAAUAAACAUAACGUAAACCUUACUGCUGCAUGUGGGAAUAGAAUGACGGGCAGGUUGUCAGUUAUCAGUAUGGAUCUGCAGUUUUCUCCCUAAAGCAUGUUGAAGUGUCCUUGGGCCACAUGUUGAACCAAUAACUAUAUGUAAGCAGGUCAUGGCUUUGCAUGGCUGCUUUUCCACUGUGUUUUCUGUGUAUUAUGAACAUAUAUGUGUGUUUUCUAGUUAC